AUGGGACCGUGUUUUUUUAUCAGUGUCAUUGGCUUGUAACGUCUCUAUAAAUAUCACGAACACAACAAUGUUUUUUUAGUUGAGCACUUAUCUGUGACAGUGAGGACCACAUCAGGGAAACACGCCCUCUGAUCUGCUUUGGAUAAAGAGAAAUACACCACGCUGUGGAAACUGACAAUGGAUACAUUUCAUAAAAUUUUUAUAAAAGCACCGCUUACCAUCUCUGUUGUUCUGUAUGUCUUAACACUUAACUUGGUCUUUGAAGCUGUCACAAUGGAAGAGGCAACAGAUGCUAGUCUCUCUGUGGACCCCUGCAACAGCUACUCUGUUUUAGACGAACCAAGGAGAUCCAUCAAUAAUACAAAUUACUUACAAUCACCACAAACCUACAACUGUGACACCUCAGUCACCUGGAGCGGCUGGUAUCGUCUCUUCAUCAAUGGUCUAAGCGCUCACAUGCCCGAAACGUGUGUUGCAAAGGGUCAUUGUGAUACUGCUACCACGCUGUGGAUUCGUGGUGGACACCCGAAAGUUGAGGAUGGAAUCGUCACUCGAGAUGUCUGCGGUCACUGGGACAAUUACUGCUGUUUUUUCUGGUCUUUUCCCAUUAAAGUCAAAGCGUGUCCGGGAAGUUAUUAUGUCUAUGAGCUGAUUAGUCCGGCUGUGUACUGUUCAGGAUACUGUGCAGAUGUUAGCAGCAUUACCACCAGCUCUACAGCCGUCACACCAGCGAGCCUCUCAAACGCUUAUUCCUUCGACCCCUGCUACAACUACAGUGUUCUGGAUGAUCCAUGGAGAGCCAACGGGAGUCAGCCAUCAAACAUGUGUGACAACUCUCUCAACUGGAGCGGUUGGUAUCGUCUCUUCAUUAACAAUGUGAGCGCACAAAUCCCAGACACGUGUGUUAAAAAAUUUAGCUGUGGCACCCAAAACCCGCUGGGGAUUCGUGGUGGACACCCGACAGUAAAGAAUGGAGUCGUCACUCGAGAUGUCUGCGGUCAAUGGAAUAAUUACUGCUGCUAUUUCGGGUCGUACCCCAUUAAAGUCAAAGCCUGUCCAGGACGAUAUUACGUCUAUGAGCUGGUUAGACCAACUUUGUGUGCAGCGUACUGUGCGGUUGUUACUAACAUCAGCGCCACUGAGACAACGAUGGCACCAGAGACGAGCUCAGAUGAUUACAUCUUUACUGAUAAUGCGGUUAAAAUAAUGCUGCUGGGAAGAUGCACUACUUCUCUAGAAUGUCUUCAACAUCUUCUUGAGCAGAUUGACAACAUUACUGCUCAAGUGCUUUCUUUGGAUACUGUGACAGAAAUUUUGACUGUGAUCUUCAACACUUCAGAGAAGAUUCUCGAGUCGUCAUCAGCAAGUGAUUAUGAACUAGCCUUCUUUGGAAACUGUCUGAUAAAAACCAGUGAGAAAGUUAUUUCUACAUUAGUGAAGCCAACAGAUACAAGUGACAAUGUCAAUUUUGCGCUUCCUGCUGUAGAGGUUCAGGUUUUCAUGGUUGGACAAUGGGUUUCCUUAGAGAAAAUCCCUCAACUAAACACAACCAAAUCUUCUGCAGAGGUUGAUCUCAUUGGGAUUGCCAAGAACAACUAUAAAAGAUCAGCUGCUGUGGCUUUCAUGAGCUACACUAUGAUGGAGAAUUUUCUGAAGCCAGACUUCUUCAACACAUCAAAUGACACGAUUAAAACCAUGCUGUCUACUGUGAUCUCAGCUACUCUUCCCAAAACCACCAACACUAAACUCACCAAACCAGUCAACUUCACCCUAAAACACAUCAGAGAGUUUGAUCCCAGUGGUUCUCUGUCCUGUGUGUACUGGAAUAUCAGCGAGUGGGUUGUAGAUGGUUGUUCUGUUUUAGAGACCAACAGCAGCUUCACUGUGUGUUCCUGUGUUCAUCUCUCCACAUUCGCCCUCAUCAUGCAAACCAGCCGUCCACCAGAGAGAGACUCACUGAUGGAGCAGUUGAAUAUGGUGUGUGUGAUCGUGGGGCUGGUGUUCUUCAGUCUGGCUCUGUUGACCUUUGCCCUUUGUCAGUGGAGUCCUGGAGUGAAUAAUGUGGCUCGGAUCAACAUCUGCAUCAGUCUUCUGCUGGCUCACCUUCUGUUUCUGCUCACACAGCAGUUCCUGAAGCUCAUACGACCUCAGCAGGAGUUGUGUGCCGUGAUCGCAGGCCUUCUGCACUUCCUCUUUCUCUCCGCCUUUGUGUGGAUGUUCAUUGAAGCCGUGCUGCUCUUCAUCUGUGUGAAGAACCUAUCACAGAUCAGCUCCAAAAAGAAGGAGGUGCUUAGCAGUGGAUUCCUGUGUGUGAUUGGAUAUGUGGUUUCUCUGGUUGUGGUGUGUGUGUCUGUCGGUCUGGUUCCUGAAGGAUACGGCAGUGAACACUGCUGGAUUGAAAUAGACAAAGGUUUCAUCUGGAGUUUUCUUGGUCCUGUUUGUGUUAUACUAGCACUGAACAUGAUUCUCUUCAUCAGCAUCGUCAUCAUUCUGAAGUCAACUUUCAAAAAUCUCAACGCUGAAGUUUCUCAGAUGAAACAAACCAAGAUUAUGGUGUUUAAAACUCUGGCUCAGUUUGUGGUUCUUGGUUGCUCCUGGAUUCUGGGUUUCUUCACUAAAGACAGUAAGGUGCUGGAGAUCCUCUUCUUGAUCUUGAACUCUCAGCAGGGAACCUUCAUCUUCCUGAUCUACUGUGUCCUCAAUCACGAGGUCAGGCAGCAGUACAGGAAGUUCUUUAUGUCUUUGCUGUAUUAAACAACACUGAGGACUUCAAGGAUACAAGAGAAACAAAAAUUAUAUUUCAUAUGUAUAUGGUACUUACUUUAAAUUGUAUGCAAACAUAGUUGUUAUCAGGAGGACCAGCUUCUGGUCGCCAAGGCAACAAAGACAAAUCAUCAAGAUAAGACAAGCCAAAUUAUUUAAAGAGUGUUUACUUCUCACUUAAUUCACUAGUAAAACAGAUAUUAAACAAAAAAAAUAAACAUGCAUAUUCUCAAGACCCACUGUUUUGUAUAUUGUCUUUUUUAUUGUAUACUGUUUAUGUAUUGCUUAUGACAGAAUUUCUAGAUAAUGUGAUCCUUGUUACACAGAGGUGUUUAUCACGUCCUCGUAAAACACGCUCGCUAUAUUGAAUGUAAAACUGUCAGUCUAGUUCAGCUGUUCAUGCGAAUCAGUCGCAUUCUGCCUUGAAAUGAAACCAAAAUAAGUCCCUAAAUCCCUGGUGUUAAAUGAACACUGUAGGUCAUUAAUGAGGUCAUUAAGAGAUUCAUUUAUUGAUGGCUGUCCGUUAUUGAAGACACCUGAUGAUAACAAGAAGAAUCACCAGAAGAAAAUCACAAAUUUAGUUGCCAUUACAGGGAUCAGUGUUUACUUUAGUUGGGCCCUUGACCUUAUUAUAUUCUGUAGUGUUUAACUGUUAUAACUGAAUUAUAACAAGCAGACAUGUGAAGAUGAUUAUGUCUUGAUAUGAUCCGCAUGUAGUGGCCUGAAUGAAUUCAUUAGGAUUUGUUUGUAUUGUCCUUAAUCUAGACAGACAUCAAGAAUCAGCGUGAGAAUCACAGCAACGGUGGCCAUCAAAAAGCAUGUUGCAGCCAAUAAAAACUCCCAUCCUGCACUGCUGCAUGAAUAAAUAAAUAUAACUGUUUGUCACUGUUUUUGAGAUACAUACACUGAUUCUUCAUGUUAGCCUAAAAGAACAACCUUUAUGAAGUUGUUUUUUUUCUCCAUUUUGCUUGUUAUCAUCAGGUGUCUUCAAUAAUAGACAAUCAUCACUCAAUAAAUCUCUUAAUUAUCUCACUAACUUUUAACACUCUGUAGUGUGGACACAUAUAGACACCCAGCAGGGUUCGUUUAACUCUGGGGAUUUUGUUGUGUUUUUAACUUAAGUUUAAUUUAACAGUUUCAAGUUUCAGUUUCAGUUUAACACAAUGUAAUCAUUUGAAUGGAAAACCUACAAUAGUGUUAAAUAAUUUUUUUUUAAAAUAAACUAUGGUAUCCUUUUUUUCCAGUUGUUUUUUCUCGACCUUCGAUAAAAAGCCACCUCUGUUUGGAUCGCUCCCAGAUAGUCUUACCUUAGAUCCUCCCUGAGUGGCUCCUGUAAGAGUUUAAGGGUAAUUUGUUGUGAUAAAGAACGUAGCAGUCGACAUUUACUCCCGACAUCUGAGCCGCUGAAGGCGAAGAGAAAUAAUGUUUAAGUAAACUUGGCUUACACUAUCAGAAAAGCCCCCCGUCAACAUGUUUGCCCCCCCAAAUCUUAUCUCACCAAAACAUUUUAAGUGCAAUGCAUAGUUUUUCCUGUUAACUAUAGCCGCUAUAAAUUCACAUCUGCGUUAUUGUCGCUACACUGAAAUGAAAUUUUUCUUUGCUCUGUUUCUGUACAGUGAAGAUGUUAUAAUUAGUAACCUACAGUGUGUUUUAUUCAAUUCACGUUAAAUACAGUCAUAUUCAAAAUAUUUUAUGGCAUGACACAUUUUGGUCCUUAAGUAAAGCCUUAAGUUAAUAGAUACUAUAAGGCUACUUU